AGGUUAAGUUGCUUUGUUGAUAUUUACAACACAUGUUGUCGGUUGUCGGUCGUCGGUCCGUAUUUAACAUGCGUCGCGCUAGGUAUCCGUAUCCCCCCUUCAAAGAUUAAAUUAUUUUGGUUUGGUGAUUGAAUGGACGCGUACCAAAUAAGUUAUUGACAAAAACGACAAACUAAUUAACAGUUUGUGAACAGUAUAAAAUAAGAGUUUGAUUUAACGAAUGAACGAUCAUUAAACUAUGAAAAUUUAAGCACAAGAGGGUGUAAUCGUGUGUUAAUGUCACGUACACUUUUUAGGAGCUAAAGUGUUAACUUAGCUUGAUAAGUGUAUUUCAACGAGAAUUAAAGUGUGAUAACUGUCGACAAAUUGAAAGAAUGGAUAGGGACAAAGAAUAUCGUGAUGCUUGUAACCAAUGGUUAGCUGAUUGUAUGCUAAUAUAUCAUAAUCAAGUGGAAAAAAUUCGAAAGAAACGGUUAGCUGCUGCAACAGAAGCCCUUACUUUGUGUAUUAAGAAGCAAAAAAAGUGUGUGAAUGAAACAAUAAAAGAAACAAUCGAUUUUGACACAAGCUAUGCGAAUAAACCUUCAAGUGUACAGAUGAAUGUACCUAAAAAAGUUCUAGAGGAUUUGAGCUUUCACAGUUACAUUAGAAUGUCAGCAACGCAACUUGAGAACUUGGUUUCUCUGACUGGGCCAGAAAUGCAGAAGAAUAAUUGCUUCAAAAAAUCCAUCGGCGUUGCUCAGGGCUUGCUGUUAACAUUGAAAUUCUUGGCUGCAGGAGAUAGUAUUUAUACCGUGUCUUGUCAGUACUCAAUAGACUGUGAAACAAUUGAAAACAUCAUUUCUACAGCAUGCAAGGCUAUUUGGAACCAGCUUGUCUUGAAUGUGAUGCCUUCAGACUUGAGUAAAAACAGGUGGUUGAAAAUGGCACAAGAAUUUGAGGAAAAAUGGGAUUUUCCGCAUUGCAUAGGUGCAAUUGAUGCCGUACAUAUCGUGAUGCAGCCUUCAUCCAAUGAAAGCCCAUCCAAGCAGAAGUCUAAUGAACGCAAUAGCAUUGUUCUUUUAGCCAUUUGUGAUGCCAAUUUUAUUUUUACUUUCGUCGAUAUGGGUACCUAUGGAUGCAAUGGAGAAAUAUUCAGAGCAAGUCAAAUCGGUUGUGCAUUCGAAAAUAAUGACAUGAACUUACCUAAACCAUCACCACUGAAUGAAAAUGAUACAGAAAAUUUUCCAUACGUUCUUGUUGGAGACGAAGCUUUUCCACUGAAAACAUAUUUGCUCAGACCAUAUCCUCAAAAAGAUUGUAUUGAGGUUUCAAGACUUAAUUUUAAUUGUCGUUUAAUUCGUGCUCAGAAGACCAUUGAAACUUGCCUUGGAAUUUUAUCUAGCCGUUGGCAAAUAUUUAGUAAAACCAUCAACAUGGAUGUUGAUAAAACAAUGAAAAUAGUGCAAGCGUGUGUGUGUCUUCACAAUUGGUUACGAUUAAGUGACUUGAGUGGAAAUAGCUGCGUACGUUACAUGACUACCGAACUCGUUGAUCAAAAAGUUGGUGAUGUCUUUGUGGCUGGCUCGUGUAGAAAAUCUUCUGAGCGCUCAGGGGCUUUUAAAGAUAUCAGUUGUGUUGGGAGUAACGUGGGUUCUCGAAAAGCAAUACAAAUACGCGAUUCAUACCUUCAUUACUUUAACAGUAAUGAAACAUUGACUAGAGGUUAAAAAUAAAAGACUAUAUUUAUUGCAAAAAAAUAUAAAAUGCCUUACAACAUUUGGAACACAAUUGUAAUGCAUUACAGUGAUGAAUAAUUAUUUAAUCAUAUAC